UGUUUCACAAAAUGUCUCCCAAUGAGACUCUCUUCUUGGAAAGUACCAACAAGAUCUACAAAGACGAUAUUUCUAACAGUUCAUUUGUGAAUUUCCAAAUAUGGGAUUUUCCUGGACAGAUGGACUUUUUUGAUCCAACAUUUGAUUACGAGAUGAUCUUCAGAGGAACAGGUGCUCUAAUAUAUGUUAUUGAUGCCCAGGAUGACUACAUGGAAGCUUUAACAAGACUCCACAUUACAGUUUCAAAAGCCUACAAGGUCAACCCGGAAAUGAACUUUGAAGUUUUUAUUCAUAAAGUUGAUGGUUUAUCAGAUGACCACAAAAUAGAAACUCAGAGGGACAUUCAUCAGAGGGCUAAUGAUGACCUUACGGAUGCUGGGCUUGAGAAACUUCACCUUAGCUUUUAUUUGACCAGUAUCUAUGACCAUUCAAUAUUUGAAGCCUUCAGUAAAGUGGUACAGAAGCUCAUUCCGCAACUGCCAACACUGGAAAAUCUACUAAAUAUCUUUAUAUCAAAUUCAGGCAUUGAAAAAGCCUUUCUCUUCGACGUAGUCAGCAAAAUCUACAUCGCAACAGACAGUUCCCCUGUGGACAUGCAGUCGUAUGAGUUGUGCUGUGACAUGAUUGAUGUAGUGAUAGAUGUUUCCUGUAUAUAUGGGUUAAAGGAAGAUGGCACUGGAAGUGCUUAUGAUAAAGAGUCAAUGGCGAUUAUCAAGCUCAAUAACACAACAGUUCUGUACUUAAAGGAAGUAACAAAGUUUUUGGCAUUAGUUUGCAUUCUUAGAGAAGAGAGUUUUGAGCGCAAAGGUCUGAUAGACUACAAUUUUCAUUGCUUCCGCAAAGCCAUUCAUGAAGUCUUUGAAGUAGGUGUUGUGUCCCACAGAAUCUGCAACCAUCAAUCAAGCACCUCAAAUAUGAAAGCAGUGACUCACAAUGGCACACCUAGGAAUGCAGUUUAGAGGAAAACUAAAGACGUUGGAUAGACUUGUCAGCUCUUCACUCCAAAGUUUUGUGGAAUGAGAGAAGUCUGAAAGCCUGAAGUACGUUUCACAGGAGAAGAGUGGCGCUAACUGUGGAGCAGCAGCUUGUAACUCAUGUUGGACAACUGAAACUACUGUAAAAACACUUUGAGGCCAGUGGAGUUAGAAAUGCCAGUUUGAAACCAGCUUUA